AUGGUGUUUGCUGAAUUCUGUGAAAAAAUCAGAAGCAGCACCAAACCCAAACUCGAAAUAUUACCAACCACCCACAAUUGUUUGAAAAAAGUGCUACUAUUGGCCCAAAUCGUGGGUGUGUUCCCUUUAAACCACUUAAAUGAUGACCCGGAAAAUCUCGAAUUUAGAUUCAAAUCGUGGAAAGUUUUGUACACAAGUCUCAUUUCCUUCGGAUACCUCUUUUGUGCGACGUUUUCCUUUUACAAAGCUUUUAAAAUCGGAAUUUUAUUAAACCAGCUAAUCACUCCACUUUUUUUCUUUCAUUCUUUCAUGACGUCGGUGUUGUUCAGCCAACUAGCGUCCAAAUGGCCUCUGUUUUUAAACGAGUGGACAAAAAUCGAGAACAACUUACUCAAGCAUUACAAAACGACGACAGAUUUACAUAAAAAGAUUUCUUAUUCAGCUUCAGCAAUGAUUUUUGUUGCUUUGCUCGAACACAGUUUGUCAAUGCUUAAUUACGUGUAUUCGUCCAAGUGUGAAAAUAAUUCAACAGGUGCUGAGUAUUUUUUCAAGAAACAGUUUCACUACGUUUUUACUUACAUGCCCUACCAUUCCGUUUUUGGAUUAUGCUUGACGUUUGUUAGUUGGACAGCGGCAUUUGUGUGGAAUUUUGGAGACAUUUUUAUAAUUCUAUUAAGUAUAAUAAUGACUGAACGAUUUCGACAAAUUAAUCAACAAAUUAAAAAGAAAGCGAAAGAACUUAUUCCACAUCUAACUCUGGAUUCAAACUCGAAGAAGUUUAUUAAAAUAUAUCCUUCUGAUAAAGCUGAAUUGCAAUUUUGGCGUCAAAUUCGUGAAGAUUACGAUCAUCUGACUAAUAUUAUACGUUAUUUAGAUCAGAUUUUAUCCAAUUUAGUCCUACUGUCGUUUUCUUGUAAUUUAACAUUUAUUCUCAUCCAAUUAUUCAACAGUUUGCGACAAAUGAAAUCUGCUGGUGAAACCCUCUACUUCUUCUACUCUUUCGGUUUUGUUAUAAUGAGAAUUGUUUGUGUCUCAAUUUUUGGUGCAUUUAUUAACGAAGAAAGUCAAGCUGGAUUACCUUAUCUUACAUCUCUUCCGACUGAACAUUACAAUGAAGAGGUUCGACGAUUAGUAACUCAAACACAUAUCGAUUUAGCCGCAUUGACCGGCCAUAAUUUUUUUCGCCUCACUAAAGGUCUUGUAUUAAGUGUGGCAGCAGCCAUUAUAACAUACGAACUGGUGCUAAUCCAGUUUAAUCAAGCCACGCUAAACAAGUACAUGCAAGCAAACGAAACGAUUUGCUUUUAA